GAUGAUUGCAGAAAAAUGGCGAACAAGGACGAUUACAAGUACGAAGAGGUGGCGGGGGACGAAAAAGAAGCUGCUUUGCUGCCGGAGACCACUUUUGAUGCGGCCCGUGAGUCGGUACGCAUUUCUUCCAACAUGUUGAGUGCCAGUGCUCCUCGAAGACUGUUCCUGUAUUUGGCGGCAUGUGCAGGAAACUUGGCAGCCUUCACCUGCGGCCUAUCAUUCGGUUGGACGUCUCCGGAAAUACCUAAACUAAAGCAACUAGAUGGAAACCCGUUGGACCACCUCUUGACGAAACCUGAAGAAGGAUGGGUCGGAUCUUUCUUACCUCUCGCAGCAGCCUUUGGUCCCUUCAUAGCAGGAUUCAUCGUCGACAGAAUCGGCAGGAAAAAGACCCUCCUCAUAGGAGCAAUACCAUUCCUUCUGGCCUUUGUGACUAAUAUUGUCGCAGACACCGUCUACCACUUCUACUUGUCCAGGUUCCUUUGCGGAUUGGGCGUAGGAAUAAUCUUCACAGCUCUGCCCAUGUACAUCGGAGAAAUCUCAGAUGACGAAACGAGAGGCACCCUGGGUUCUUUCAUGCAGCUGUUCAUAGUUUUGGGCAUUCUCUUCUCCUACGCUUUGGGUCCAUACAUAUCCAUAUCAUCAUUCAACAUUGUUCUUCUGGUACCUCCAGCGCUCUUCAUCGUCCUAUUCUUCUUCUUCAUCCCCGAGAGUCCGUACUAUCUGAUUCAAAAUAACGAAAACGAAGCCGCGGAAGAGGCCUUGAUAAAGCUGAGAGGAAAGAGUAAAAACGCUGUGCAGAAAGAAAUAGAGAUUGUGCGAAUUCAAGCCGAAGCCGACCAAAAAAAUAAGGCAAGCUUCUUCGAUAUCUUCAAGUCCAAGGGAUUGACCAAGGCAUUGUUUCUGUCAGUCAGUUUGGUCGUUUGGCAGCAGUUGAGCGGUAUUAAUAUCAUCCUCUUCUACGCUCAGGACGUCUUUACAGAUGCGGGAGUAUCUUUGGCGCCAGAAAUUUGCACUAUCCUCAUUGGAAUAGUCCAGGUGAUUUCCAGUGGGGCGACCCCCUUGCUUGUGGAGAAAAGAGGAAAGAGGUUCCUGCUGAUCCUCUCAGGUAUCGGCAUGACUCUGGCGCAAGCAGCAAUGGCGUACUUCUUCUUUCUGAAGGACAUUCAGCACAGUAACGUUUCCAAACUAUCUUGGCUGCCGAUAGCCAGUUUGGUGCUCUUCAUCGUAACCUAUUGUCUUGGUUUCGGGCCUCUUCCUUGGGCUGUAAUGGGAGAACUGUUUCCUGGAAACAUCAAAUCGGCGGCUUCUACAGUCACAGCUUCAGGUUGCUGGGUUUUGGGUUUUUUCUUGACGAACUAUUUCGGAGCCGUCAUUGAUAUGCUCGGUGAUUCGGGCAAAUCGAUUUCUUUCGGAUUCUUCGGAGUAUGCUGCUUCAUUUCUGCUGUCUUCGUCUACAAGUUGUUGCCGGAAACGACGGGAAAGAGUUUACAAGAAAUUCAAGAUAUCCUGAGUGGUGAUGCAGAUGAGAAAUGAGUCUGUUGUUUUAUAACAUUCUAUUUAUUGUUUUUAUCAACGUGAGUUUAGAUGAUUGAAUGUUCCAUACAAGAUGAUUUAAAUCAAUUGAAGACUUUGGGUUACUACGAAUAGUAGAAUAAUGAAUGAGAAAGAUGAAAUUGAUAGAUAGUGAUUAGUGAGUUUAAAAAAGUGCUGUAAUUACGAUUACACACAAAUUAAAAUUUUUCCUGCUGGUUGAGGAUUAGCCUCUCAGGUAUUCUCCAGUCUGAAUUUUGAAUCAUCUUGUGUACCAUUCAAUCUGUAUAUAUUGAAGAACUGAUUUAUUCAAGUAUGUUUCAGUACUUGACAAUGUUGAAUGAAUUAUUGAUUUUUGACAUAAUUUAUGUACAUAAUGAACAAUUUGUUAAUUAUUCUAUAAAGAUUAUAUUAAAUGUUUUUCAUAAUCUA